GUUGAAAAUAAAAGAGAAGAAGAAGAAGACGCGCUUCAGCUGCUCUAGUUUCACUAAACUGUCAUUAAUUAAUAUAAAUCCUCGUGUUUGACCUGUUAGUUGGCUGUUUUAUGCUCAUGUGACUCGGAGGAGAUUAUUAUUGAUCGGACACAUGUUGUCAUUCCAAACUAUUAGUGCUAGGUUAGCUUCUACAGCUAGCUAGCAUUAGCUGCUAGGUUAGCUUCUACAGCUAGCUAGCAUUAGCUGCUAGCUAUCAUUGUUUACCUAACAGAUAAAACGUUAUUGUGGUUAGUGUUAUCUGAAUUAAAGGCUCUUAAUUAUAAAAUAAAAAUAAAAAAGCAAUGGACCGGCCAGCGAGGAAGACAAAGGCUGUGAAUUACUCUGAACCAAAAGACUUUGAUGAUGAUGAUGAUUUUGCUUCCGUGAAGGCUCCACCCAGUAAAAAGGCGAGAGAGGACAGAAAGUCUCUGAGCAAGUCCUCCAGUCAAGAGUCCAACUCCACUCUGAGCCAGAAGAGCAGAAAAGCUUUGGAUGUGAAGCUGCUGGAAAGAGAUCUAGAAGCAGCCAUUACUCUGUCCUUGCUCAAUAACUCCGAUGGGAUAGACGGCCAGUCUCCACUCAGUAAAGGAGAAGUCGAGGUUCAACUUCCUGCCGAUGAAAACAGAGAUCCAACUUUUCUUCGGUCCAACUGCAGUGUUGAUUUAACAGUUUUGGGUCUUGAUGAAAUCACAUCAGAAAAAGAGUCUCCAGCCCCUCCCAGACAGAGAACGGCCUCUAAAGCCACAGAGGAGCCGAAGAGGAAGUUUACCGAUGAAGAUGAAGACUAUGAGCCCAAACUGACACCAGAUUCAGAAAGUGAUGAAGAUUUCAGUGAACCGGCUCAGAGCGAAGAUGAGGAAUUCACAGUGAAGAAAGUCAGCAAAACAAAAAAGAAGGAGAACGUAACAAAGAAGGAGAAGACCAAAGCGCCUCCUGCCUCUAAAAAAGAAAAGCAACCAUCAAAACCGUCAAAGUCUAAACCAGCAGCAGCAGCAGCCUCCAUACCAGUGAGAAGUCCUCAUAAGGCCCCAAGACCUGCUGUGUCCUCCUCAGUCCCAGCACCAGGACCUGCAUCCUCUGCCAGCCCAGCAGGGGGCAGAGUGCCCAGGUGGACCCCACCAGCUCAAGUUGGUAAAAGUCCCAGUUCCUCAUCGGGUCCUACGGUGAGGUCUCCGGCUCAGGGUCUGCGUCUGGGUCUGUCCCGACGCGUUCGAGUCAAACCUCUUCACCCCAGCGUCGCCACGCACUGACUCUUCUCCUUUUAGCUUUAUUUUAAAGACAUGCUUGUAAAUAUUAAUUUCUAUUCUCUCCACUACAUAUAAAGCACAGCCAGGAUUUAUUGAGCCUUGAUGCUCUCAGCUGGUUUUUAUUUCACCAUAAAUAUGAUAAAAGGUCAUGGAACAGUCAGUGGGUGUGCUUUGUUGACUCUGGUGGCUGAAUUUAGUUAUUAUUGUAAAUCUUUAUCAGUAAAGGAAUUGUGUCUACAGAUAUUUAGAUUUCUUUGUUGAUUGCAAUGGGAGUUCACAUCGAGAUAAACUGGAAUAUAGAAAUUAUUAAUCAGUUUCUCUUAAUAAUCUGCAUCCCUUUUCUACUGUGCAAACACUGUGUAUUGUGUACAUAUAUAUGAAAUAAAAGAAUUAAAACACG